CUUCUUCUUCUUGUUCGGGCCGAAUAUCAUUUUGACAUUCACACAGCCUGAUAGGGAUCCAGCGCAGUGCCGCAUAAGUUUUUUUUUUGGUUAAAGUUUUCAUAUAGUUUUCCAUAAAACGGUUAAAGUCUUGUUUUAAACGGAAUAAUUCAUACCAUUUUCGUUGCACGUAAUGGCUUCUGUACGUCUCUUGAGCAAUAUUAGUAGAUUCUCAUGGAAAUCCUCACGGAUAGGAUGCUUCAGUCCAGCUGGACUCUCCCUAAAGCGAUAUGUUAGUGAUGCAGCACCUCAGAAGCAUAUUAAAACGAAAGUCGUCGAUGGAGUCCUUGUUGUCACCCUCGAUUCCCCCAAUGUUAAAGUGAAUUCCCUUGGAGAUGAAGUGAGCAAAGAGUUUGAAAAUGUCCUCAGGGACUUGGAAACGAAUGCUGGGGUAAACUCUGCUGUAGUGAUUUCAGCAAAGCCAGGAUGUUUUGUUGCCGGUGCCGAUAUAAGUAUGCUGGAAAAGUGCAAGACUGCUCAAGAUGGUGAGAAAGUCUCUCAUGGUGGCCAAAUAAUGUUUAAUCGUCUGGAGCAGUCAAAGAAACCUAUUGUGGCAGCUAUAAAUGGUGCCUGUUUGGGUGGUGGACUCGAAUUGGCACUCGCCUGCCACUAUAGAAUUGCUACAAAAGACAAGAGCACAAGCCUGGGGUUGCCAGAAGUAAUGCUAGGUCUUCUCCCUGGAGCUGGUGGCACCCAGAGGCUGCCGAGACUGACUUCCCUGCCAACAGCUCUGGACUUGGCAUUAACGGGAAAAUCUCUGAAAGCUGAUAAAGCUAAAAAAUUAGGCCUUGUAGAUCUUUUGGUUACACCGCUUGGUCCGGGACUUCAACCACCUGAGAUCAAUACAAUUCAGUACCUGGAAAAGGUUGCCGUGCAAAUUGCAAAAGAUAUCGCAACGGGAAAACUAAAAGUAGAUCGAGAGAAGAAGGGUGUUGUGAAUAAGAUUAUGGCUUUUGCAUUGGACAUUGGAUGGGUGAAGGAUAAGGUAUUUGGCAAGGCUAAGGAGCAAGUGAUGAAACAAACAGGCGGUCUCUAUCCAGCUCCACUCAAGAUUCUUGAUGUAAUUAGAGUUGGAGCUGAUAAAGGAAUUGAUGCGGGAUACGAGGCAGAACGUAUUGCUUUUGGUGAGCUCACCCAAACACCCCAAUCUAAAGGUCUCAUUGGUCUGUUCAGGGGUCAAACAGAAUGCAAAAAGAAUCGUUUCGGAAAACCAUCUACCCCUGUGAAAACGAUUGGUGUUUUAGGAGCGGGUUUAAUGGGGGCAGGUAUUGUUCAAGUGAGUAUUGACAAGGGGUACAAUGUUGUGAUGAAGGAUACAACAGAUGCGGGUCUCAAUCGUGGUCUUGGGCAAAUACAAACAGGCUUUGAGAAUGCCGUAAAGCGAAAGAGACUCACAGCUCUCAAUCGCGAUAAGCACUUAGCCAAUCUCACUUCAACACUCAGCUAUGAGCCAUUCCGCAAGGCUGAUAUGGUAAUUGAAGCUGUCUUCGAAAAUAUAGACAUCAAACAUAAAGUGAUUAAGGAGUUGGAAGCCGUUGUGCCGGCCCAUUGUAUAAUUGCCACAAAUACGAGUGCAAUUCCAAUUACAAAAAUUGCUGCUGGAAGUUCCCGACCGGAUAAAUUGAUUGGAAUGCAUUAUUUCUCACCUGUUGACAAAAUGCAACUCCUUGAGAUCAUUACACAUCCUGGUACGUCCAAGGAUACCAUAGCUAGUGCUGUUGCUGUUGGAUUGAAACAAGGAAAGGUCGUCAUAACUGUUGGUGAUGGUCCAGGCUUCUAUACAACGAGGAUCUUAUCUACUAUGAUCUCAGAAGGAAUUAGAAUAAUGCAAGAAGGAACUGACCCGAAAGACCUCGAUAAAAUGACAAAAUCGUUUGGCUUCCCUGUGGGUUGUGCAACAUUAGCCGACGAAGUAGGUGUUGAUGUGGGUGCGCAUAUAAGUGUUGACCUGGCUAAGGCUCUGGGUGAUAGAAUAAGCGGUGGGGACCUUGGGCUCUUGGAGGACAUGGUAAAGGCUGGUUUCCUUGGUCGAAAAUCCGGCAAGGGAAUCUUUAUCUAUGACUCCGCUAGUCGUGGGUCGCGUGAAGUAAACCCCGGUGCUCUGGAGAUUAUCAAACAGAAAUAUCCCCUUGUAUCAAAGGGUGCGAAUUCCGUUGAGGAUCUUCAAUUGCGAAUGGUCUCACGGUUUGUCAAUGAAGCUGUUUUGUGCCUUGAAGAGAAGAUUCUCGAUAAUCCCCUCGAGGGUGAUGUUGGUGCAGUCUUUGGUUUGGGCUUCCCACCAUUUACCGGUGGGCCCUUCCGCUGGGUGGAUCAAUAUUCAGCAUCAAAAUUGGUGGAUAAAAUGCUCUCAUACGCUGAUCUCUACGGUGCACCCUUCAAACCGGCACAAACACUUCUCGAUAUGGCAAAGGAUUCCUCAAAGAAAUUCCAUAAAUCCUCCUAAAUUACGGGACAGCACGAAGCAAGGUACAACAUUUCCAAUAAAUUUUCAUUUUUUUACAUUUCAAAAAAAAAAACAUUAUGAAAAAAAUAAAUUAGAGAGAACAAUUCAAUGCCCCUUAACGCUAUCACAUACAUUUCUUUGAUGCCUACAAAGAAUUAUAAAGUCGAUUAAUUUAUUUAGGAAACCGAAAUUAUUUUUGGCAUCGCUCGACUGAUAUUCGAGAUGAUUCAGUUCUACCAUUUUACACAGUGUGUUACAUUUUUCUUGUAUUAGCCUAACACAAAAUGACGAAAAUCACGUUAAAAAAAAACGAAGAUAAUGUAGUGGCUUUACUGAUGCAAGAGAGAGCAACACAUAGAACUACUUAAAAAUAGGAUCAAUCUUACAUUUUAUAUACAAUAGAAACUCAAUUGCUGUUUUUUUUGUCGUUUGAUUACUUUAAAAUGAGUUUUUCUAAAAAGAAUUGCGAAUCAUUUAGGAUUUUAGCUUAAAAAUUCAUGAGAUGAGAAUGUUUUUUUUAUACGCUCUAGCUGUCUGAUGUAAAAUGCAAGUGAGAAAAUUUAUAUUAAAAUAUGUUUUUUUUUUCA